AAAAAAAAAACAAUAAUAAAAAAAAAUUAAACUUAUUUAUUAUGCAAAUUCGAACAAAUAUGUAUGUAUACAUGUUCAUACAUAAAUUUAAGUACAUAUGUUAUAAUAUUUUAUACAUUUAUUAAAAUUAAUCUAACUUCAAUUAAAAUUUAAUAAAAAAGAUCAUAAAAUUAAAUAGAAAAACAAAAUAAAGUAAUGGGUUGUAUUAAUAGUAAAAAUGAAUUAGACAUACAUCCAAAUAUCUACCGUGUAGUUAAUGUUGAUGAAGAAGGCUAUAGACGUUGGUCUGGGCAAUUGGAAAUAGCUCCAAGGGAAUUAACAUUAUAUAGAAAAGGUAAAGAACCCACAAAAUGGUCACUUCAACAUUUACGACGUUAUGGGUUUGAUGCUGAUUUGUUUACGUUUGAAGCAGGGCGACGUUGCACAACCGGAGAAGGAAUAUAUGCUUUUCGAUGUAGACGUGCUGAAAGUUUAUUUCAUUUAUUACAAACAUACAUUAAUCAAGGACUUACUAACGAUAUUGAUGGCACAGUUCAAAAUUCAAAUGAUAUGUUAAAUUCAAUGUCUGGCAGAGUUCCUGUUAGACCGCUUGGAUUACUGAGUGAUCAUAAUCCUAAUGAUGAUUAUGUAAUACCUUCGAAUGUAAUUGGAAGUACUAAUAAUGUAACUAAUACUAGUCAUGUAGAGGGAAAUUAUAUGGAACCAAAUCCAAUAGAUGCACAAAAUAUUAGAAAUUCAUUAGGUGGGACGCGUCUUAAUUCCUUUGAAAGUAGUAAUGGACCUGUUAGUACAGAUGAAAUGGGAGAAUUAAAUUCACCUGGAUCACCAAAUAGCUUUAAUAUGAUAUUAGAGGUGACACAAUUAAAUGAGGCUCACCACGGACAUCAUCAUUUAUCAUCAUCACAUUAUCAAAAUAGCAAUGUUUAUCAAGAAUUUCCUCUAAGAAGUGCAACAGAAAAUAACAAUAACAUCAAUAAUAAGAAUAGAAUGAAUCCAAUUAGUAAUAAUAAUAAUAUCAAUAUGCUAAGUAAAAAGCUUUCUUUAGAUAUUCCGCCUCAAGAACCGGCACCGAGUGUAACAAUGACAAAUGCAACAAGUUGUAAUAGUAUCUUAAGUUCAAGUUCUAGAAUAUCAGGUAUAACCCGGACAUUUCAUGACAAACCUCUUUCAUGUUGCAGUCAAGUGAUAACUAACUCAAAUGAACUUAUAACAUCACCAACAUCAUUAGCUCCAUCUAUACCAACAGCUGCAAAUCCCACAUCUAUAAUUGAUUCAAUGGAAUCAAAAAGUCAUAUGUAUGUUAAUGUAACUCCUGGCGAAAUCGAUGGUAUUUGUGGUACGCCAAUCACCACACACAUGAACACAUUUACUUUACCAAGGUUAUCAUCGUCUUUUACCAUUGUAGAUCCCGCAUUAAGAUGCUAUGAAAAUUUGGAACCAAGUGAAAUGAGAGCUAUAAUUUCAAACAACUCCUCAAUUAUUAAUGCAAAUGCAGCUCCAACAUGCAGAACUUUACAUCAACGUUAUUCAAAACCUGAUAUAUUUGCUAAUGUAGAGCUUCCACCGGCUGAAAAAUCAGAGCCGUCCACACCUACAGCAAAUCUAAGUGGCGCACCAUCUUUAACAUUAAGUGGAUGCUCAACCACACCAAAAAAGGACGCAAAAAGUGAUGUCAAAGUUAAUUAUAUUGUUUUAGAUCUCGAUCCACCAGCACCAAAUAACACAGUCUCCACUGCAAACACAGCCGGAAAUAAUACAACAUCAAUUACUGCAAAUAAUAGUUCAACUGUUAUUACUACUCAACAUGCAUCAGCAACUCGAAUAAAUUCAACUCAUAAAAUGAUGGAAUCUGUGACAAGUCCUACAGCUAAGGGAAAUCUAAAUAAUGCUACUAGUGUUAUUACUAACAAGGAUACCAAAUUAAUAAUAAGUAGUAGUCGAAGUGGAAGUGGUAUUAGUAAUUUAUUAUCACCUGAUAGCCCGAAAAAAAAUUCAAUGUCAGGUCUUGGUUAUGCAACAAUUGACUUUAAUAAAACAGUUGCAUUGUCCAAUUCUAUAGUACCAGUAGAUGAAAACUGUGAAGGAUCUCGGAGAACAAGACAUAGCAAUCCAGCUAGGCACAGCAAUUCAAUUAGUGAUUAAAUACUUAUUUUAAAAUUCGUUAUGAAAAAUAUAAAUUUGCUUCAAAAGUUCAAACUGAUGAGGUGUUUUGAAUUCAUCUAAGGUUUGUUCAACAAAAAAGUGUAUGUAUAUAAAAAUAUACCUGAAGGUUGUGGUUUUCCAAAAACAAAAAAAUAAAAAAAAAAAGCAGAAUAAUAUUAGAACGUAUGUUAUUUGAUUAUAUUAAAAGUACAUAAAUAAUAUAUUUUGAAAAUUUAGGGAAGAUUUGAUAUUUGAAUUUAAUUUUUACAAAUAUUAUACAAAAUUUAUUUCAAAUCAUAAUUUUCAUUAUAAACUGUAACAAUUAAAAUAAUAUUUACUUUUUCACUGGCACUAAUUUAUAUAAUUUAUUAUUUUUCUAACAAACUAAAUUA